AUUGUAUUUCAACCGCAGUUUAUAAGACCGAUGAGAACGGCCAUGAAGUCCCAGUUUCUAUCGACUUGUAUAUGACCAAGGUCCAUUAUCAUCUCCACCGUUGCUCGGGUGUUAUACAUCCGACAAGCCGAAAGAUGCACUCCUCGGAUAGCCCAAGGAGCCUCCAUCAUCCUAUCAUGUCAGAACUAUCGGUCUCGCGGUCGAUCCCCGUCGCCGAACUCGAGAACCCCACCGUGUUUCUCAGCAAAAUAGUUGAAGAAGCAUCCCUUUCACACUCGGACGUAGACGAACACGACACCGAAUCAUCCGGCGAAGACACUGCGCCCCAGGAAAUCUUCAACCCCAGCCAGUGCCUCUUUUGCAAUGAGCUCAGCACAGAAUUCGCAGAAAGCAUGGUGCACAUGCAGCAGCGCCAUGGACUCUCUAUACCGAAUCCCGAAAGUCUGAUAGUAGACCUCGAGACUUUGAUCAAAUACUUGCACCUCGUCAUGGUCGAGUACAAGGAGUGUCUCUACUGCGGCUCCGUCAGGAACACAGCCCAAACAGUUCGGCAGCACAUGACGGGCAAGCCACACUGCCGGAUCGACAUUGGCAAACUAGAUUCAGAGUUUAGAGACUUUUACGAUCUCGACUCUAGUUGUGGCAGAGACAGCGAGGACAAGUUUGGAUGCCGGCGCUUCGUCGACUCGGACGAAGACACCAGAGAGUUGCCCUCUGGAAAGCUCGUAUUGCACCGAAAUGGAAAGAAACUUAAAAAUCAUCGAAAGCCUAACCAAGGCGAGAGAGAAGCCAGCGACUCACUUCUGGUUGGUGAAGGCUCAUCAAGAGAAGACACAUCGACAGCCUUGACAGCAAGUGGCUAUAGCAAAAAGGAUCUGACGGCAGCAGCAGACAAGCGGGACAGGAUUUUCGAGAAGCAUUUAGCCUCGCUUCGUCCGGCCGAUCGACAGGUCUUGUCGCACUUGCCGCUUCCACAACAGAGGGCUCUGGUAGCCAAGGCGAAGAAACAGCAAGAGACUUGGAACAGCGAGCAGAUGGCGCAGAAGAUUAGGAUUCAAAUGAAGGCCAGAUAAGGGCCAAUCUGUAAUAUUCAUCAAUCGAUUCCACCCUAUUUGACAACAUUGCGAUUCCUUGCUUUAUAGUUGGAGUGAAGGAGAUCGUUACUCUGGCACGGAAACAGUGCUGGAUCGGAGCAGAAGCCCGGACUCGGCAUAAGUGGGGCAUAAAGCCGUUGCUGGCCGGCCGAUGUCCAGGGCCAACUUUGAACACGUCUUGAAUGCCAACCACAAUGAGUUUCAAUGGCUGUUUUCAGGUCAAAUUGAUGAGAUGAUGGACAAAAAUACACAUAGGUUCAAAAAGCAAAAGAUACAUGACAAGAGUGGGAUUCGAAC